GCAGGGGGUAUAUUCACUUGGCUAACACAGACAGUCCCCAAAAUCGAAAUAGAACUGAAAAAGGAAAAUCGGAACAAAAGUAUGACCCAAUCCUAACCUGGUACACACGAGAUUACCCUAAAAAGGCGCGCUGCUUAAAAAGUUUCAGAAACACUGGUCUAACAGAUAAUUAAACCAUGGAUGAAGUACUGAAGUGCAUUACUUGUGAAACGAAAUUCGGACCAAUUGGACUGAAACAACCUCGAAUGCUUCGAUGCCAGCACACAUUUUGUAAAGUCUGCACAUUCGAGCUUAUAAAACCAUAUGGAACGUAUUGUCCGGUUUGUAAUAAAACUGAUCAUUCUGUGACAUCUUAUGAUCACGAUGCAAUUCAAGUUAAUUAUACAAUCAUCCGUUUACUCGAUGCUCCGAGGAAAAAACAGGAAAAUCAAAGGCUACUUUCUCUAAUCUUCAAUAUCGUAAGGAUUUAUUUCAUCAACGUCUGGAUCUGGACGUGUGCUGAAGUGGCUUUUACACCCACAGAACACUUUUAUAGCAGAUACGAGUCUAAAUUUGGAUUCGUUUGGAAAAUGACAAGAAUGCCGUUGGCAUAUUGCUUUGAAAUACAAUUGUCGGGAAAAGAGGUGGCGCUCGUUAUUUGGUAUUGGAUCUUUGCGGUUAACGUUAACAACAUGAGGCCAGUUUUCCGAAAUUUCACGUUGUUGGUUCUAUAUUUCUGCAUUUCACCAAAAUUAUCUGCGUAUUUGUUCGAUUAAUUUUGGAUCUUUGACUCAACAUUUUUCCAUCGCAGGAUUGCUUCCGGAAAUAAACAAAAAAAAUAUUUCCUCACUUCUUGUGGACAUACAUACAUACAUACAUUGAA